GAUGAUCCUGCGCCCAGCCUGCCCUCCGUGGCCUGCCCUUGAUGGCUUGAAGAUCUCUUAGCAGACUACGUAGCGUCAGCGAGCGCCACACGUUUUCUCCAUGCCUGCCAAAGUGUUCACUCCUCGGCCGUCCAGAGAUUCUCCUUAGUGUCAGCCAUGGCAGCGCUUCUUGCUCCUGCCAUCGUGGCGAAUCCUGCUGGUGCUUCAGCAGCGAAAAUAUCACCCCUUACUACUCCCCCUUCGAUUCCCUCCUGCCCUAGGCCAGGGCUCUUUGUUCGCUUCGGCAAAAGGCCUCAGCGGUCGGGCCUAAGAGCGUAUUCUCCUUCUUCUUCUGUCUCUUCUUCUUCGGUGCUGUCGGCGAACGAACGUUCUGCCGAGGUGGAGCAGCAGGCGGAGGAGAAGGAAGAGAAGUUCGAUUGGUUCAGCAAUUGGUAUCCUGUAGCUCCGGUCUGCGACCUUGACAAGAAGGCGCCUCAUGCGAAGAAGGUGAUGGGCCUUGACGUGGUUGUUUGGUGGGACAGAGCGGAGGGGAAGUGGCAGGUGUUCGAUGACCGGUGCCCUCACCGGCUGGCUCCUCUUUCGGAGGGCCGAAUUGAUCCGAAUGGCCGCCUCCAGUGCGUAUACCAUGGUUGGUGCUUCGAUGGCUCUGGCAGCUGCAAGUAUAUUCCUCAAGCUCCCCAAGAUGGACCUCCGGUUCAUACUUCCAGAAGAGCGUGUGCAUUUGUUUAUCCUAGUUUUGAGCAGAACGGUCUCGUGUGGUUUUGGCCAAGCACCGACCCUCAAUACAAAGAUAUUGGAGAGAAGCUGAAACCUCCUCUUCUUCCAAAGGUGGAUGAUCCAUCAUAUUCGUCAUUAAUAGCAAGCAGGGAUAUUCCAUAUGGGUACGAGGUCCUCAUUGAAAAUCUUAUGGAUCCAGCUCAUGUUCCAUAUGCACACUAUGGAAUAAUGCGCACUGCAAGGAAGCCACCAGAUUUUGUGCAACGUGACAGAGAAGGAGGAAGACCAUUGGACAUAACUGUGAAAACACUUGAUGCAGCAGGUUUUGUAGCAACACAAGAGAAUGGUUAUAGCAAAUUUGUAGCACCUUGUCUGUUUUAUGCAUUUGCAUCAUUCGGUUCAAAUGCUAAACCUGAUCCAGAGGUUGCUGAGGAUACGAGUGAUCAGAAAAAUGUCGUCCUGAUUUUCAUUUGCGUGCCAGUAGCUCCUGGUAGAAGCAGAUUGAUAUGGACAUUCCCUAGGAACUUUGCUUUAUGGACAGAUAAAAUAGUUCCAAGGUGGAUAUUUCAUAUUGGUCAAAAUCUAAUUCUAGACUCUGAUCUAUAUCUUCUUCACUUGGAGGACUUGCAAACUAAGAAGACAAUUGGUGGAGGCUAUGAGAAAGAGGGCAUCCACAUCCUUUUUUAUUCUGAACGGAAGAUAGAAGAUGCUGGUCAAUCGAAUUGGCAAAAAGCUUGUUUUGUGCCUACAAAGUCGGAUGCACUUGUAAUUGCAUUUAGGAAGUGGCUGAGGAAGUACUCAAAUGGCCAAAUUGAAUGGGCUACGCAGUUUGGAGGUCUGCCCCCAACUUUCGCUCGUGAGCAACUUAUGGACAGAUACUAUUCACACGUGGUGAAUUGUAGUAGCUGCCGAGCAGCAGUAACAGCAUUAAAGGCUUUGGAGUUCUGUCUGCAGGUCUUGCCAAUUGCAUUGAUAGGUAUGGUUGCAGUUGCUAAUGGCACCACGGUUUCAAGUGUGGCACGAAAAGUUCUUGUUUUCACUGCAGUCUUAUGCUUUGUGGCUUCAAAAUGGCUGGGUAACUUCAUUUACAAGACCUUUUAUUUCCAUGACUACAACCACGCCUUCAAGUAAAUACUUUUGGUAGCCGUUGUCUGUAAAUUCUUCUUAGACAGUAUUCUUCCUGUAACUGUAUUGAUUACUAUUCUAGACAUUAGCCUUCCUUGCUAUCAUGGCUUUUCUGCUCACACUGUUUAAUUGAGUGGACGUCAUAAAAUUAUAAAUGAAAGAAAGAAAACCAGUUCAGCUUCGUU